AUGUCGCAUAAUUCAAUAUCAACAUCAACAUCCGGAUCAGGAGAAAGCGAUUUGUGGGAGGAGGAAAAAGUGAAUAUGGAGAAUUUCAUACUCAUACGAGUCCUUGGCAAAGGAGCUUAUGGAAAAGUAUUUUUGACGCGGAAGAUUGGAGGACGUGAUCAUGGAGUAAUCUAUGCAAUGAAGGUGUUGCGUAAAAGCCGUGUUAUUACAAAAGCGAAAACACUGCAGCACACAUUAUCUGAACGUCACGUGCUGGAACGCCUCAAAGGGUUGCCAUUCUUGGUUGAAAUGAUCUAUGCAUUUCAAUCCGAUUCCAAACUGCACAUUGUUAUGGAAUUCAUCAAAGGUGGUGAAUUAUUUACACAUUUAUGCAACAAAGGAUCAUUUGAUAUACAGUCAGCAAAAUUUUACAUAGCAGAAUUAGUCGUUGCAAUCGAUAGCGUGCACAAGCGAAAAGUUGUUUAUCGCGACUUGAAAUUGGAAAAUGUUCUCUUGGACGAAAAUGGACAUAUCAAAUUAACAGAUUUUGGAUUGAGCAAAGAGUUGAAAGACAAUGAGUUGCAAAGAGCAAAUUCGUAUUGCGGUACCAUAGAAUAUAUGGCGCCGGAAGUAGUGGAACGGACGGCGGAGGGGUAUGAUGAGACAGUGGAUUGGUGGAGCCUUGGUGUUAUUGCUUUUGAAUUACUGACGGGAUGUUCACCGUUCACAGUUGAUGGACAUUCAAAUACUAGCAAAGAUGUUGCAAGAAGAAUCCUAACAAAACCUGUACCAUUUCCACGAAAUUUUAAUAAAUUCGCUUUGGAUUUUAUUAAUCGUUUAUUGGAAAAAUCAGCACGACGUCGUUUGGGCAGGAAUGGUGUUGAUGAAAUUAAGAAUCAUCUUUUCCUUGUUGACGUUGACUGGUACCGAUGUGAACGACGUGAACUGGAACCACCAGUUGUACCCAAAAUUUCAAACAACAUAGAUGUGACGAAUUUUGCUCCUGAGUUCACAAAUCAGUUGCCAGUCUAUUCGCCCGCUGAUACUCCACUUGAUGCUCGCAAUCUUUUCCGUGGCUACUCGUUCGUAUCGCCAUCGGUAAUAUUCGCUAAUAAUAACAUAAUAGGUGAGGAAUGUUUGGCGGAGGAUUUUAGUGCUCUGGUUUCAGUUUCACCUUUCUUCUCCAAGUAUAAAUUGGAUCGCUCAGAAAGUGGUCUCCUUGGAAAAGGAUCUUUUUCGAUUUGCAGAAAAUGCGAGAGAUUAUCGGAUGGAGUUGCAUUUGCUGUGAAAAUAGUUUCUCAACGCUUUCAAGCUCAAGCAAGUCGCGAAGCGAGCAUACUGAACUUAGUUAGUGGACAUCCGAACAUUGUUCGCCUCAUUGAUGUUCAGUCAGACAGUUUACACAUCUAUUUCAUUAUGGAAUUACUUGAAGGUGGGGAAUUGCUUACUAGAAUAAAGAAGAUGGAAACAUUUACAGAAGCUCAAGCUGGUAAGAUAAUGAAGCAGCUCGUAUCGGCGGUCUCACAUCUUCAUUUCAGGAACGUCGUACAUCGUGAUUUGAAGCCAGAGAAUAUUCUUUUUGAGAGCAAUGAACCGCAGGCAAAAUUGCGCUUGGUCGAUUUUGGAUUUGCCCGUCUUUUGCCACCAGCAACAGAAAAUUUGAUGACUCCUUGUUUCACUUUGCACUAUGCAGCACCAGAAGUCCUGGAAAGCGAUGAUCAGUUGCCACAGUAUAAUGAACAAUGUGAUCUUUGGAGUUUGGGAGUUAUUUUGUUCACGAUGCUAAGUGGCAAUGUACCUUUCCAUGCACGUAGCAAGCACGAAUCAGCAACAGAUAUUAUGAUGCGGAUUCGGAAUGCAGAGUUCUCGUUUGAUGCAUCGCAAUGGCGAAGCAUCAGUACGGAAGCAAAAACUUUAAUUACUUUGCUAUUAACUGUUGAUCCAACGAAGCGUUUAUCUUUGGACGAACUGCAGUGCCAUCCGUGGUUGCUGAGUGCUGCUGCGCAAAAUGAAACACCACUUCAGACACCGACAACAUUGUUAAAGUCUCACUCACAUACUGAGGAAACAUUUAAUGAAACUAUGAAUGCCUUUUUGAAUGCUAAUCGUGAGGGAUUCCAAUUAAUGGAAGUUGCCGCAGCCCCACUGCUUGUCAAAAGACGUGGCAUGAAACGAAAGAGUUUCGGCUCACGUGAGCCGUCCCCUGGAUUUGAAUCGACGACAAACAAGAAAGCCACAGUGAUUGGUCCGCUUGAAACAGUACCGGAAUCACCACAACUUUCGCGGCCAUCACUGUUGUUCAUGCAAACAUCACCCGUGGAUUAUAAGAACUCAAAGUCCCCUACGCUUCGAGAAACUGAAGGCUCGACAUAG